AUGCUGACUAUCGGCCUACUAUUUUAUCUUAUUCAUGUAAUAUUAUCUGAUGAUGUUGAGAUAGACCCCUGGGACUUGGCCUAUUUAGAAAACUUUGGAGGACAAAUUCAACAAGUUACAAAACCACAAGUUGAUUUGAUCCGGAAGCCCCCAAUUGUCGAAGAAAAAGAACAACCUGCAAAGAAAACUUUGGGCCCUGAUCUUGAAAUUCGCGAAACCAAAACGAUUUGUGAAGAUAGGGCGGCCAAUUGUUUUGCCAUACAGAAACAAUGCACGGAGAGUUCCUAUGAUGACAUGAUGUUCGAAAAUUGUGCCAGGACUUGUGGCUAUUGCGACUGUCGCGAUUUAUCAACACGGUAAGAAUUAAACUAUUAUAAAAGCGAUUAUAGUUGUGCCUACUGGGAGAUCAAUGGAUUCUGCAGCUCUCUUAUACACAGCCAAGCCGUUAAGAAAAGAACCUGUGCCAAGACUUGCAAGCUGUGCGACUAA